CUUUGUCACAGCUAACCUGUAUAGCUGUUCUGGAGCUAAGCGAGGCCAGACACAGAUGUCAUGGCAAACAAUGAUGAUGCAUUGCGGGCCAUGCAGAACUGUUUCCGCAGUCAGUUUAGUGUGGAUGAGGCUGAGUACGAGGACAUUGAGAAAAACAGGAGAACAUCAUCUGUUGAUGAAGACAGUAUCUAUCUUGGCUGCACACUGUCACGAUCAUUCAAGCCUGAAGACUCAGAUUUUCACCACUCUCCUGUUAUCAAGAUGGGCUGGCUGGACAAGACCCCGCCUCAGGGGACUCUUAUUUUCCAGAAGCGUUGGGUGAUGUUGGAUGAACAGUACCUUCGAUACUUUCAAAACGAGAAGGAGGUCUACUCAAAGAGAGUCAUAGCCAUACCGUCUGUCACUGAAGUGGUUAAUGUUGGAGGGCAGAAGUUUGAGGUGGUGACAAGGAACAGGACUUUCUUGUUCCGUGCUGAGAACAACACCGUCAGAGAGGAAUGGGUGUCAGUACUGAAAGAGACUAUUCAGCAGUGUCGUAACAGCAUGGAUAUGUCCCAUAUGAACUUCAGUGAUACGAGUGGACAGCGUGCUAGUGGAGUCUCGCUCAUUAGUAAGCAAGGAUACCUGGAGAUGAUUGGACUGCGCUCCAAGCUCUAUGUAGUCAUCUGUUCCGACAGGGUCUUCCUCUAUAGGAACGCUGAGGAGCACAGCCAUGGUGUUGGCAUCACCUCCAUUGAGAUGAAUUUGGGUACUGUGAAGAGCACAGACAAACGGUCCUUCAACCUCACCACCUUCUACAGGACAUUCAGUUUUGUGGCUGAGUCGGAGCAGCAGAUGGGGCAGUGGGUGGAGGCCCUGCAGGCCUGUGUCAGUCGCUCUCUGUCCAGCAAUGUGGUGGCCCAGAAGAUCUGGGCUGAGGAGGCCAACCAGCGCUGUGCAGAUUGUGGCGCCACCUACCCAGACUGGGCCUCUGUCAACCUGUGUGUGGUCCUCUGCAAGUGCUGUGCAGGAGUACACAGGGGUCUGGGCCAGAGUGUGUCCAAAGUCCGCAGUUUGAAGAUGGAUGAAAAGGUGUGGACUGAAAACCUCAAUCAGCUGUUCCUGUUGCUAGGUAACGACAGGGUAAACCUUUUCUGGGCAGCUAACAUGCCACCAAGCGAGAUGCUCUGUCCAUCAAGUGACAGUGAGGAGCGCCAGCGCUUUGUUACUGCCAAGUACUGCCAGGGCAAAUACCGCCGCUACCAUGCACUGUUUGGCCAAGAGGAAGCCCUCAACAAAGCUCUGUGCAACACCAUUCAGACAGGUGAUGUAUUGGAAACUCUGUCUCUGGUGUUCUGUGGAGCAGAUGUGAACUGUUAUACAGGUGAUCCAGAGCUGCCCAGCCCUGUGUCCAUGGCCCAGCACUAUGGACAGACACUUCAGGUGGAGUUCCUCACUCACAACCACAACACAGAGCUCCCAGGGUCAAGGGCUGGAGAUCACACAGUCUUAGAGGCGGCUCUCCCCGUCUCACACACUGGUUAUCUGUUCAAGACUGCCUCCUCAACACGAGCAGUUACAGAGCGCAAAUCAAAAGGAGAUUUUAGUCGUCGCUGGUGCUCUCUGAACCAAGGUAACUUCAGCUACUAUGAGAGUGAGAAGAGCUCCAGUCAGAGUGGACAGAUGAAGAUGAGUGAUGUCCUUUGUCUGGUGGUCAAUCCACAAGGGAAACAUGGUUAUGGUCAUUCCUUUGAGCUGUACCAUGACUCUGGGAGAGUCUACCUGUUUGGAGAGGAUUCCCCUGACACGGUGAGGGAGUGGAUCAAGGCCAUCGGCAAGGCCCUGGUCCCCCCUGUAGGGGAGGACCUGGUGUGCUGGUCCUUUGAGCGGGUGGGCCGGCUGCGCUACACUGCAGGCCAGAGCUUCCAUUGCCCUCACCUGGGCUGGUUCUCCCUGGGGGGCUCCAGACUGCUCCUCCUCCUCCACGGAGAAGACCAAGUGGAUAACAUUGACCUGCGAAAACUACAGGAGCUCUCCGUGCAGCAGGAGGCUGGUGCUGUUGUGCUGGUGAACAGAGGCAGGAGGCUGCAUGUGGAGUGGGACAGGAGGCCUGACUUCCAGGGCUGGCUGAGUGGCAUCCAGCAGGGCUUAGGGAGAGGAGAUAGCCCCCUGGACCAGCAGCAGCUCACUGAGACAGACGUCCCUGUCAUCGUGGAUCGCUGCAUUAGCUACAUCACACAGCAUGGUUUGAAGUCAGAGGGCAUCUAUCGGAGGUGUGGUGUGAACUCCAAGAUCACCGCCCUGCUGCUCUCUCUCCGCCAUGACGCCCGGCAGGUCCGUCUGAGUGAAGGGGAGGAUCAGGUGGAUAAUGUGGCCAACGUCCUGAAGAGGUUCCUCAGGGAAGUGGGAGAGGGGGUUUUCAAUGGCCAUCAGGCCUCUCUGCCAUGGCUCCACACCACUACUGUCAGUGAGAUGAGAGAGAGAGUGUCCAAGUACCAGGCCCUCCUUCACAGCCUCCCCCCAGUCAACAGAGCCACUCUGGGGGCUGUCAUCAACCACCUCUACUGCGUCCAGUGCUUUGCAGAUGAGAAUCAGAUGAACAUGCACAACCUGGCCAUUGUGUUUGGUCCCACGCUCUUCCAGACGGACGGCACUGAUAACAGCGUAGGACAGGUGGUAGAGGAGCUCAUCCAGAACUACCAGGACAUCUUCAAUGUGGAUGCAGAGCAGCUUCAGAGGCAGCUGGACAUGAUCUCUCAUGUCAUCAAAGCACAGGAGGAACACGCUGAGGAGGGGACCCCCUCACCUCUCACCAUCUGUGGGGUUUACCUGGAGAGGAAGGAGGAGGGCUCUGAGCUGCUGGUUCAGAUCUCCCAGGCAGUGAGUGCUGAGGAGCUGGUGUGUGAGGUCCUGAGACGCGGGAACAUCCCUCCCCAGCAAGGGGAUUAUUGGAGUUGCUUCCUGGUCAACGACAACCAGGAGAUGGAGCGUCCAUUGCACUACCAGGAGCGAGCGCUGGCCAUCUAUUUCUCUCUGGGUAAAGAUUGUCACCUGGUGGUCAAGAGGAACUGCUACAUGGAGGCCAUGUUAAUCUACAUAGCUGGCAAGGUAGACGUGUCCAGAAAUGGCCUGAUUAAGUUCAGUGAUGAGAAGGGUCAAAAGGGGAAAAGAACCUUCAGCAGACGCCUCUGUGUGCUCGAUGGCACCUCUCUCAGGCUCUACAAAGGAGUGAAGAGUACUCAGCCUGAGAGGGAAUGUCCAGUCCAUGCUCUGAAGGUCUACUAUGGCAUCAAGAAGAGGCUACAGCCACCAUCAUGCUGGGGGAUGACUGUAGUGUGUGAGCAGGCAGAACGAGACAAACAGCUGUGGUACCUGUGCUGUGAAUCAGAGAACGAAUUGAUUGAGUGGCUGGCCACUUUUAUGAACCUCCAGCACGAUGGUGACCUGUGGCCUGCAGCUUCCAGGCCUGAUUCCUGAUCUGAGGCAGAAGGGGAAAUAACCUAAUCCUGGUUUUCCAUCCCAAAAGUAUCUUCCAAAAGUAUCUUCCAGAUACUUUUUCGCAUCUUCAAUUAAUCUCAAAAAUAUAUAAAAAAGCUUUUAUUUUAAGUUAAUAACCACAAAGUGUAUUUUUCUCUGUUAUAUUGGUUUGGUUGACCCUAUUUAUAACCCAUAGCUACAGUAUAGCCCUCACCCACACCCAUGAUCCCUAGCAAGAACAGAGACAGCUUCAUUCUACAGUAUAUUGAAAUGAAAACAUACAAGCCUGAGGGUAAUAAUAGGGGAGGCAGUAUAGAACUACACUAUAACAACAAACUCAAACAAUAAUAUUAGAGGCAUGUGAGAAAUAUCAUCUAAACGCCAUGUUGACUUUGAGGUUCCCUUUGAUUGGGACAUAAUGACAAGGUUGGAGAGCUGCAGACAUAAAGCCAUCUAAGUUUAGACACAGAGCUUUCUGUUCAUGUCAUUAUGGUAACAGUGGUUGUCAGUAAUUAUUGGAGAGCAGGAUUGAAAACCCUGUCAUUACUCAAGACCACAGCUUGUUGCAUUGCAGUGAUGUGCAGUUUAUAUCACUUUCAUUAAUUGACUAAUCCUUUAACAGUACCUUAACAUAAAAAUGAGGACAUUUACACAACGUUGCUUCCAUUCACCAUCACGUUGCAUGUUGCCUACCUCUGCUUUUCUUAAAAAAACAAAGCAUGGGUUAGGUUUACAUACCAGAUCACACACACCCGCUGUUCCCAGUUUCAAUGUUUUCCUACAUUAGCAUUAUAUUAUUAUUCUCUUAGGUUAUAUUGUAAUGUUAAUGUACCUUAAAGGGUUUAGGACUGGGUCUCUGGCAUGUUGCUACAUCACAUUAGACCA